ACUGCCAUAAACACAUCGGUUGAUAUCGCUCCGCAUUUCACAGGUUUUUCCUCUGUCGAAAAUGAAUCUCGUGAGGAAAUAAGUAACGAAAAUAGCGGUGUGCAAGCGUCGGGAUGUAUCGUAAUCUGGAAUGUUCUUCAAUGAUCUUUGCAAUAUGGUCGCCACGUCUACUAUGAGCGAAAUGAUCGACGAUUGUAUCGAGCGGUGCGCGCUCGAUCGCUUCGAACUGACGGAUGACGCACCUUGUCCGCAACACGGCGGUGGUGAAACCCUAAGAAGUCCCGUUAGGCGUAGGUCAGUUAAGCGACGUCGCAUUCUCAGACGCUUUUCUGGAAACUCAGCUGUGAUACACUCACCCCUUCCAUCGCCGCGGCCUUGCCCCCACCACCUGCCGCGUAAACAGCUGUCGCGAGGACGGCCGCACUCAGUCGUCUGCUCGCUACCGCGUCGAGCCGCACGCAACGCUCUGCAGAAGGCGCCACUUAGCAAUGAGUGUCCGACGAGCAUCCGAAGGACAACGAGAGGCCAUGGAGGACGCGAGGAAAAGGAGAAAAGAGUGACUGUCGGCGCCAAUGCCUACGAUACACACCAUCCGCUUGAACGUGGGAGGGCGCAUAAAUCAGACGCGGGUGUCUGCGUAGGGCAAAGCCGCGUGCCAACUAUGGCCCACUGCGAGCGAUGACGUAACACGGCCCUUCGAGGGAUGCGACUGCAGCUGAGCAACAUCUCAAUGGUGCAGUCUUGAGUUAAGGGAAGUGGCAACCUGUCGGUAUCCGGCAUCGGCAUCAACGUCGCCGAUCCAACCGAGCUUUCCGCAUUAACUUAUACAUCGACUGUCACGCGGUUCAACCGCCAGCCUCGGCUUGCCAGCCUCUGUCCAACUUGAUGAAAUGGAGACGCGAUUAUUUGGGCCACGGCCCGCUAAUUGAUAAAGUUUCGCGAGUAUACGCCGUGUCCUUGCCUCAGACGCAGGUAUUCCAUUGCACAAAAGAGCUUUCCCCGCAGACCCUUCGCGCCGCGACGCCUUUCGACACGGGUCUUAUGAGAAAUUCUCAGCCUCUAGGCGCGACGUUGUCAACAUAAUCCGGAUAAUUAAAGGACGCAUCUAUUUAAAUCGCCACGACAGCUAUGGUCAGCUGGUCAUUGCAACCGAGUACAAACUGGGUUUGCCGUAAAAUCGCAAUUUUGCGUAAAUCUUGCGAUAAGAAAAAAAUACUUGAGGAUUUAUUUGUGAGCUCAUUUCUGUGAAAUAAAGUUUAUUACUACGAAUAAGCCUCAUAUCUCGCGAAUAAAUUUUAAAAAAUCUUUUCUUUUCAGUGUGUAUUCUUAAUGUUAAUAUAUUCUUAAUUUAUAUAUUAUACGUAUUCAAAUGCAAAAAGGAUUUUAAGGCGACAGAAAACAUGUGCAAGUUUCAUGCGAAAUGUUUCAUUUCGCUGCGACGUUAGCGUAAUUAGUCACUUUGUAGGAGCGAGUUUUUUUAAUCGAGACGCCAAAUUCGUGUCGCAUUAAUGCGUAGUUCUUUAAGAAGAUGCCGGAUAUGAAAACUUUACCAACAUAACAUUGACUUUUUUCUGCGAAGUUUACGUCUUGUUGUUUGCACAGAAUUACAAACGCUUUUACACAACA